AUGUCAAUUUUUUCGUUUUCUUCUGCCAUAUUUGUAGGAUCACGGUUUGUUGGGAUCCAAAAAUGUUGCUACCAUAGCAGCGUGACGUAACUUCUUUCUCUAUGGUGUAAUUAUUGUUUUUAUUAGUGAUGUUUGUAUCUGUGCUCGUAUUUUGCAGCAUGAAUGGUGUUUUAGAAUUCUAUGACACUGCUGAUGUUGUGUGCAUGAACCAGGCAGAACACUUUAUGGCAACUGAUGUGGAGUGGGACCCUACUGGCCGAUAUGUUGCUACAUCCGUCAGCUGGUGGGCACAUAAGGUAGAAUUUCUACUCUCUAUUAAGUCUAGUAAAGCAGCUUCCCACAACUUUAAGUUCUAGAAGCUGUGUCAGACUUGUCACUGUUCGACUAAUGUGAACAAUGUGAUUGAAAUGGUCUCGUUUUCUAUUCAGUGUUGUUAACGGCCCCUGUAAUUCCCUGUGGUCUUGAAUCCCAUCAUACCCUCCUAACCAACACCAGUUCACAUGUUUUGAACAAUUGUAAAACUGGUGGCUCUGUUGCAGAGGAGGAAAAACAAUGUAAACAUGGUCUUCAGUGUCGACUGCUUUUUAAUUGCUGAUACUAAAGUUUACGUUUGCAACAUUCACCACGGAAGUAACUCACUGGUGCUAAGCUAGCACGUACCCAGAGUCAGGCUUUUCUCUCACUAUAUAAAUUUGACACAAAGAGUUGGUUCUCCCCAUGGUGCGAGCUUGGAUUGGGAUGCAGUAGGCCAGUUUCGAAUUAUCAAAAUUCGUAUUUGACUCCGAGGCUGAGUUGUAUAAAGCAGAAGAAUUGAGUCGUUAAUCCUUGAAUCUCAAUGUGAUUUCCUUUAAUUUAUUCCCCUCCGCCUCGGAGCCAAGUAUAAAUUAUAAUUAAUUUAUAACAGGCCCAUAGAGAGGAAAAGUUGGACGUCACGUAACCAUGGUGGCAAAAUUUCUGGGUCACAAAAAUAGGGAGCUGAAGCUUCAACGACGGCUACGGCAACGAGAAAGGAAAAAAAGCAAUAGGUUUAUAUUAGCACAACAUCAUCUUGCAGGUGCAUCACUCUUUUCAUGUCUUAGCCGUCGUUACACGUCUGCGAUAUGAAACUUCCAAACUUCACUCGCCCGCUUCUUGGGGUGCGUGAACAUAACAAACAUUUUUUGUUUCUUUUCUAAACUAUGAUACGGUCCUUUCGGAUUCAACCACAGAAAAUUUCGCCAACGUUUGACAAAUUAAAUAAAACUGAAUAAGAUCGAAGAGGUUGGAACAUUGUCUGCGUGCAGACGUCUCCUAUUUCCUUUGUUGCACGCGGAAAAGGGACGUCUGCGUAACGCCGUCGCUAAUCGUGUUCCAGCGUCCCGCUGGCAGGGUAUUCUAUUUCGUAUAAAUUGUGAAAUAAUAUCCGGUUAGAAAUAAGAGUUGACAGGCCAAACAAAACAUCAUAAGCUCGUGAUACGGGCGAAACGUGACCUUGAGAGUCUGCUUGAGCAGAGGUUUUUCUUCUUUUCUCUCUCGCGCGAAGAUUAGUAGCACUACACAGAGCAUGUAGCAUUCUAACCUUUGACUGAGUAAAUCUCAUUUUUGCCGCGCUAAGUCUUCCAUUUAGAGGUCAUGAAGCAGGUUUGUUACAUGCAUACUGAGUAAUCAUUUCCCGUGGUUUAUGCUUCUGUGGGUGUUCCCGAUAGGACUUGAUUUCAGAUGCAGUUGUAAAGUGUUUAAAUUUUCUUGACCUCUGUUUGUUACGGCUAAAUAAAGAUUUUAGUUUCUUUGGCUGGCUUUCUCCGAAAUGCCUGCCUGGUGCGAAGUCCACGCCGCUUUUGUAGUUUUCUCAGACACUGUUUACAAAUAUGAUGUGAUGUGUCAUGCACAGUAAAUUGUAAAGAAAUAAUUUCCUCGUAUACGUUAAAUUUUCCGCGUCCCCGCACAAGAUUUCGAUCGCUCUGCUUUUCGAUCGACGAAAAACACAGCACACAAUCGCACAUGUUUUGAUUUGUUUUGGUUAGAAAACCCCGUUUACAUAAAUCAUUUAAAUCACCGCAUACAUUAUCAGACCACAUUCGAUAACAACCAAUCAGCGUUAAGUCAAACAAUGCGCACUGUGUGUCUGCCUAUCACAGCGUGUUCCCAAGAUCUUGGGAACCCAGCAGGACGCUGGAACACGAUUAGCGACGGCGUUACGCAGACGUCCCUUUUCCGCGUGCAACAAAGGAAAUAGGAGACGUCUGCACGCAGGCAAGUUGGAACAGUGCGAAUUCCUUUUUAAAGUGAUGUUUUCGGUUUUUUGUCAUCUAGAAAUUUUGCAACGAUGGCAACGUGACGUAACGACUUCUCCUUUCUAUUGUAGCUUGUGUCAGACUCUUAGAUAGGUCGCGAAAACUAGCUUCCGUUUUCACAAUCUUUUACUUUGAGGGAUGUUGAAAAGCUAUUCCUAAGAAUGUCAAUAUUGAGAUUCGAAGGAAACAAAAUUAACUGUUUUUCGCCAAGGGACCAGUCUUUAAGCGAUUUGUUAUAUAACCCACAAAGAAGAACUUUUUCGUGUACAAAUUUAUAAAAACAAAUCUCGUGAGCGGUCAACAUUCGCGGGUAAGUGGGUAACAGUGCCUUGUUACCCUCUGACGUCAUAGAUUUUGCAAUGUUGCCCGCUCAGAGAUUUUUUGUCAUGUGACCUCAGAAUAACCAAUGAGAGCGCGAGCUGCUGGUAAAAAAUUUCCAGCUACAUAACAAAACAAAAUUAACUGUUUCCCAAGUAACCAGUAGUCAUUAAGUGUUUAUUAUUAGCUGCACUCAUGAUUUUCUUGCAUUUUUGUAUUUUCUUUAUAGGUGGAUAAUGGUUAUUAUAUCUGGUCGUUUCAAGGAAAGCUUCUCCAGCGUCAUGCUUUAGAUCAGUUUUGUUCGUUGCUAUGGAGACCCAGACCUCCUACCCUGCUCACGGAAGCUGAUAUUAAGGUAAGGUACUGGUGAUGAAUCUGACUGUGCUGCCUGCUGCCUGGUAAACCAGCUUCACUUUCCAGCUGUGAAGGUUCUCUGCUUUCUCUGUGCCAUUUCUUUUGUCUAGAUCGGUGACUUUGAAUUAAAGCAUCCUUUUCCUGCUGAUACAUCUUUCUCUUUGUGAAAAGCAUUCUUAUGCCAGUUGAAUUCUUAUGCCAAGAACGAGUCAAGCAGGAAUUUGCAGUGGUGGCACGCGGUGGUUUCUUAACCCUUUCGCUGCUGGGAAUUUGAAGCUAGUUGAGCCCGUUUUUGGCCACUGUCUGGUUAUAAAGACCACAAAGCCGUUUACAGGUCGUACACUUCGCAGCCUUCUGAUCUAGAUGCAAAAUAUUAGCGUCCGAGGUUCGCGCUUUGGCUUUUCCUGCCUCAAUGGGGCGAAUUGGUUGAGUUAGGUUUACGAAAUCUUUCAGUUCGUUUUAGCAAUAUUUUUGGGUAUAAUACGGCAUACUAUGCUUCCUUUCAUUCUGGGGUAUAUUGAAGAAAUUUUGGUUGAAUUUGAGGAGGGGGGAGACUAUAUUGGCUAUUUUUUUUAGACUAAGAGCUAAGAGCGUUUUUAUUCAGUUCUGCAAACUACUAAUUCUUACGUAAAACUGAAAAGUGUAUAUAUGUUACCAGUAAUGGAAACGUAUGCUCUAUUUCAGAAUAUCAAGAAGGACAUCAAGAAAUUCCAGCGCAUGUUCGAGAUCAAGGAUCGAAUGAGCCAGUCUCGAGCAUCCAAGGUGAGCCUAUUGACGCUUUGAAGUUGAAAUAAUGUGCAUCUGUGUUGUGGGCUUUUAAUCAAAGUGAUCACACAAAGGCGCUAAUACAUAUUGGUAAGACUUGCGAAGUUGUCGUGAAAUUGUAACUACUAGUGUAAGAAUUUAGCAAAUCUAUAGAAGUUUAUUGACAUACAAAUUUUACUAUUUUGAGAAACAACUGUGACUUUUUUGCUAACUAAAACCAAAUCGUGGACCUGCCAAUCACCAGAGACAGUAAAUCAAAUGAACCAAUCAGAGCUGGAAGCAGUACUGGUGAACGGCAAGUUUCCCAAUACAAACACUUUGGUUUCGAUUCCGCUUCUGAUUGGUCAAGAAAAUGGCGGGAAGGAUUUUAACAAUGCGUGAGCAAUGCAAACCGAAGAUCUAGAAGAAUUAUUGUCAGCAUGUUAUAGGCAGUCCUCUCUCCUAAUAAGUUACUGUCUCAAUGUAACCUCCUUCUUGGCAUCGCUGCAUGGCAUAUUUUGGAUGUCGGUUGCAAACGGUGUAUGUGUGGAGGAAGAGUUUAGCGUGGUCGUCUUCAGAACUGAAGCUGAUAGAUGCUUUCGUUCUUCCUAAAACCUCGCUACAUGUGAAUAAAUUAGGUCUAUUAGACAGAAUAAAGAUGUGUCUGUUGGGACAUUAUAUUACAAAAAAAUUCUUCAAAACGAGGCUGCGAAUAACAGCGAAUGUCAUCACUGAUGAAGAGACCCGGAUGAGUUCCAAAAGCUCUGCGUAACUUUCAGAAAAUUGCCAGGUGUUGAAGAAUAUUUUCCUGUUAUAUUUGAAUUUCUUUGUAUAGGAAAUGUCAACCGAUAGUGCAUACGGGGCGUCUUCAAGACGUGAAAUGGAAAAAGUUGUCUAGUUUCGUAUUGUGCAUACAAUAUUUUAUGUUUUUCCCUUUAGGAGCUGAUUGAGAGGCGGCGACGAAAGAUGAAAGAUUAUCAGGGCUACAGACAGAAGAAGAACAUGGAGUUUACGCAGCAGAAGGCGCUUCGCUUGGAAUUACGAAAUGGUAAGUGGAAAAAUGCUGGUAUCAUGUGUCAUGUAAAUCAUAAGUUAUAAGUAAUUUUUUGCUUGGAAAUGGGCCGUGUCGAACGCUCCGAGCCCUGGACUAGCAAUCUCAUGUCCCGUCUGGCCGUGUUCAUGUUUCAGCCUUGGCCUAGUAACAUUUAAAGUAACGUUAGACCGAGCAGCCAACGUCCGACGUUUUCCCCAUUCAAACACCAGAAAGUAGUGGUUUAAUGCGUCUGAGAUUUGUUGUUAAUAUCCAACUGGUUGGUAUCCUGUCAGUCAGGAUUUUUAGUUAUAAGUUAUUUGUUUCAGUUUCCCCGUGAAGCUCUUAAAGAGGAGAGGAUAUUGAAGUAUUUGUUUGUUUGGUUUUUCCUGUUAGGUAUUGACACGGAUGAGUUGGACAGUAAUGCAGAUGAGUUUGAGGACGAGUCGGUGGAGUUCUUUAUCAAAGAAGAGAUCACCGAAGUUGAGGAGUAGUUCAUAUUUGUUUGACGUCAUUUUCCCGAAAGAGAGCGCCACAGUCCCAACAAGUGAAAAGAAAACAAGUUAUUUGAUUCGAAAUAUUCCUGUCUUGUUCAGACGAACUGAGUGCUUUUAGACUGAUUCUAACAGGCACUUGGUAUCAUACAAGUUUAACACAAAAGGUUCUGAUUUAGUGUUUGCCCUGUAGUGUGUGGUAGUUCUAUAAUAGCCAAUUUUCUCUGUGAUAGACCUGACCAGUGAUUGUAGCCUUUUAACUAUAGUUGUGUAGAAAUGAGUAGUACAAAAAGCUGUUGGUUUGUACCAAAACGCGAGUUCCUUUUGAGGAUCUCGCACUGUUUAAUCAAAAUUUUAAUUCCCAACAUCCAUUAUAAUAUCAACCUUUCUGCUCGUCAUAGGAAAUUAAAAUGGAAUAUUGUCUGUUC